AAUUUCACCAGCGCUGAACACAUGUUUGGCAUUGCCCACUGACCAGAUGCUCUCCACUGCCUGCUCUCUUGUUCAGUGAUUUUCAACAUUUCCCGAAAAGCAUGCAAUGGAUAUGUACGAGAACGUUCUUUCGAUUGGCCGGGGAUCAAGUUCAGUGGUGUUUCUGAUGAAACACAACUUAUCCAAUAAACUAUGUGCCGUUAAAAGGAUAGAGAUUGUAAACUCGCGGAAAAGCAGGACCAAAGAGGCGGUGCAGCAAGAAGCUGAAAUAUUGAGGAAACUGAAGCAUCCGCAUAUUGUUGCUUGCAGCAAUAAUUUCUUCGACCCGCACAAUGAAUUCAUCUACAUUGUGAUGGAUUACUGUGAUGGAGGGACUUUAGACGAUCGAGUCAAAGAGAGAAAGGAGGAAGAAUAUUUUGCAGAGUACAUUGUCAUGGCCUGGUUUGUACAGGUUGCUAUGGCAGUGAAUUUUAUACAUUCAGAAAAAAUCCUUCACCGGGAUAUCAAGACCUCCAACGUCUUUCUAACAAAGAGAGGCGUGGUGAAACUGGGUGAUUUUGGAAUAUCGAAAGUGAUGAAGAACACAUUAGACAUGGCCAGCACUUGUGUUGGAACACCAAGCUAUAUGAGCCCAGAACUUUGUCAGGAUGUUCCCUAUAGUUCCAAAUCUGAUAUCUGGGCUCUUGGGUGCUUGCUGUUUGAGAUAUGCACCCUCAAACCACCAUUUACUGCUAAAAACCUCAUCAGCUUGUUUUACAAGAUUGUCAAAGGGGAGUACAACAAGAUUCCUGAGGUGUUCUCUGAAAACUUCUUCACUCUAAUUAAAAAGAUGCUCUGCUUAUCUCCAGAGGACAGGCCCAGUGCUAGCUGCAUCCUGAAUAUAGCAUAUGUGCAGGAGCACCUUGGACAGUUCAUUAAGCACCAAGAGACCCAGCUAACAAAGUGCAAUUCUGUGGUGCGACAUGGUCAGAGAAGUGACUGUGUCAAUAAUGAUUUGCCAGCUGUGGACCACAAGAGCAAAACUACAGCCAACGAAUUUCCGAGAUCUGGCAAGAGCAGAGUGAAUUCAGCCCCAGCAAAACUGCAGAAGGAAGAGGAGGAGGAGGAGGAUAUCCCGAGGAGUGAUGGUAGAGAGGAAGAGGGCAGUGUGGGCGAGCUCUCUGACUACUCCGAAGACUUUGAGGAACAAGACAGCUUGUCUUCCAUUGAGGAGAACAUUGUAGGAGAAUCGAUGGCUGUGGUGGGCGUGCACAGUGGGGAGGCUUCCGAAGAAUUGGAAGCUGUUCGCGAUGACGUGGACCUUAGUGAGUACCCUGAUGACUUUGAGGACGCUGAUGAUGAGGACCUGGUAGAGGUGGUCUGCAACGCCAGGUGUGCCAUGGAGCUGACAGCGGAGAAUGAUGCUUUUGAGGAGGAGCUGCAGCAAGGAGAAGGUGGCAGGUUGUCUGCAACCAUCAAGACCCUGCGAGAGAAGUGUGUGGAGGACGUUGGAACCAUGCUUUACGAGGAGAUUAGCUCACACUUCCUUAAAGGCUUGACCCCAGAUGACCUGCAGCCACACUUUAAACACAGGUUAGGACCAGACCACCUAGAAACCUGCUAUAUCAUAUUCAACAUGGAUCAAGAGACACCAUAGACAUCUGCCUUGAGUAUUCGAAGAGAAAAAGGAAUUAUAUCCCAAUAAGUAUCAUGGGGAUUAAUGGAAUGGGGUUGAUUCUAAUGUGCAUUCAUUUGUUGUUUUCAGUUAUUUUGAAAACAGUCAUAAGGACAACUUUAUAUUGAGUGGAUGAUUUGGGAUUUGUUUAUAAUUUGAAUAUACAUAGAAAGUAUUCCACACAGGGCUUAUUUUAGCUGUGUAUUUUUAUAACUGUCCCAGAAUAGACAAUUAGACAGGUGAAUGAAAUGCUGUCAUAUUUAGUUUAUUGGAUUGGCUUAUUUUUUAAAGCCCCUCUUCCUUUGUACGGAGACAACUUGGAAUAUGAGAGAUUCUGAGAUGU